AUGGCUGACAGUACUGCAAAGGCCAAGAUCCCACCACCACUUCAGAUACCACCUUCUCGCGCCCGCCGCCAGUUCGCUCUCCGCCUCGCACAACGUAAAGCCGAGCUCGAAGGAAAAAACAAUGACGAUGGCGACGACGACCAAGGCGAGAAGACACAAGAGCAAGAAGAGCGAGAAGGGCAUCAACGUUUCGCAAAGAUGUUUGAGGACAUCGAAAGCGACUCAGAUGACGGGAGCUUGGGUAGCAUUGAGGAUGAGAUAGUCGGCAGACUUGAUGUGGAAGGCCGUUCAAGCCCAGAGAAGGAACGGAAACCGGAAGGAAGCGCAUCAAACAAGAAAGACAAUGGCGAUAACGUGGUCGUUGUGUAG